AUAUAUAUCAAAAUAUUUAUUUUCACCCAUUCAUAAAACAAAUGAUAGAUGAUAUUCUCCAAGUUUGUAGAUUUACAUUACUAAUGUUAUGUGGAACUGUCCUUUUUUCUAAGUAGAAAUAUUCAAUUAAAAAUAUCACACAUAUCAAUCAAUUGAUGGAAAAUGAGCGAAAGUGACGAUGAACUAUCAUUAUGUCCUACGACAAUAUCCGCACUUCAAGAAUUUCUCAAAGAAAAAGAAAAGAGAGAAAAGCAUUUGACAGAUGUAUUUCAAUCAAAUCAAUUAUUAGAUGUAUCAUUUGAAGAAGAUUGGCAAUUAAGUCAGUUUUGGUAUGAUGAAAACACAACAAAUACAAUUGUCAAAGGUGCUAUAAAUUCUACACCUAUAGAUGGAAAAAUAGCAUUAAUUUCCUGUCCAACUUUAUAUACACAGUUAAAAAGAACUUGUGGAGAAAGACAAGUUAUUCUAUUAGAAUAUGAUCCUCGUUUCACAGUAUUUGGAUCAGACUUUAUACUAUAUGAUUAUAAAUUUCCUUUAAAUGUACCUAGAGAUUUAUAUAAUAUUUUUGAUUUAGUCAUAGCAGAUCCUCCUUUUUUAUCCGAUGAAUGUUUAACAAAAAUGGCUGUGACAAUAAAGUUAUUGUCGAAGAACAAAAUUGUACUUUGUACAGGUGCAAUUAUGAUGAAUUUAGUUGAAAGAUUAUUAAAUGCCAAGAAAUGUAAUUUCAUACCAAUACAUAAGAAUAAUUUAGCUAAUGAAUUUUAUUGUUAUUCAAAUUUUGACUUUGAUGAAAUGCUGAAAUGAAAUAAAAUGCUUUAUGUAAAGUUUUACGAUUAA